ACGCACAGCUCGGAGGAGGCGCUCCGGUGGAAGUUGGACUCGCUGUCGGAAGGAGGAGUUGCGCGCUUCUCGGAACACACCGGAGAGACGGACCCUUCGGAGCGGCACGAGAUGUAAUCGGAGUCGAGUCGAGAGGCGUUUAGUUAAAAAAAAAAAAGAGAAAAAAGAAACGAAAAGUUUCCACCGCUGGAAGAGAAGAGGCAUUUUUUUUCCCCGUUCCCCUUGUCUUUUCCUUUCUAUCGGACUGUCGCGCUCGGGCAGCUGCUCUUUCAAUGUGGGUUACCGUUUUGGUGCUUUCGCCAGGCUGAAAUCCUCCAGGGUCAGGACCUCCCUCAUGGCAGCCGUGCUCCUCGGGCUGCUGCUCUUUGCGAUGCAGUCUCCCCCCGUCCCCUCCAGGCCCACAGCCGACGAGGGUCCCCCUCCUCCCCCCACCAACGGCACCGCCGGCCACCCGAACGGCACCCUCCAACAGCUUCCUCACAUCAUAAUCAUCGGCGUGCGGAAGGGGGGGACGCGGGCGCUGAUCGAGAUGCUCAGUCUGCACAGCUCGGUGGCGGCGGCUCAGAACGAGGUGCACUUCUUCGACUGGGAGACCCACUUCCAGAGGGGCCUGCCUUGGUAUCUCAGCCAGAUGCCCUACGCCUUCCCCGACCAGCGGACCGUAGAGAAGACGCCGGCCUACUUCACCUCCAGCAAGGUACCCAAACGAAUCCACCAGGUGAACCCCGACAUCAAGCUGCUGCUCAUCCUCAGAGACCCCACGGAGAGGGUGCUGUCGGACUACACCCAGGUCUUUUACAACCGCCUCCAGAAGCACAAGCACUACCAGCCCAUCGAGUCCCUUCUGGUUAAGGACGGCGCCAUCAACCUGGGAUACAAGGCUCUCAAUCGCAGCCUGUACUACCUUCACAUGCAGAACUGGCUGCAGUACUUCCCACUGGAGAACCUCCACGUGGUGGACGGGGAUGAGCUGAUCAGGGACCCUUUCCUUGAGAUGAAAAAGGUGGAGAGGUUCCUGGAGCUGGAACCCCAGAUAAACGCUUCGAAUUUCUACUUCAAUAAAACAAAAGGAUUCUACUGUCUGAGAGACCACGGGCGAGAGCGGUGUUUGCACGACACAAAGGGCAGGGCCCACCCCCGCGUGGCGCCCGCCAUCCUGCAAAAACUCUACCAGUUCUUUCAGGAACCCAAUAAGAAGUUCUUUGAGCUGGUGGGACGAACAUUCAACUGGAAAAUGAACGGGUGACUCUCGGUAGUUUAGCGUAGAGUCGCGUGGGGGAAUAAUCUGUUUUCCUCACUAACAAUGUAGACGAAGAGACAAAGCUAAUGUACAUUUAAACCAAGUCUAUUUUUGUACUAGCACGUUUGUAACCGGAGUACGAUCGAGCCAAAUACUGCAGCUCAUGACACGCUCCGUUGGUGCAUGUUUCUUUAUUUUCAUUUUCUCUGUGCACUGUUAUAAACCCUCACUGCUGUUCGAAGACCUCUAAAGACAUUCAGACUUUAGACUGUGCCAGUUGAUGUGUUGCAUAAAUAUAAGAGCCGGGCAGUUUAAUAUUGUCAUACCCUCACGUUUCGCUUCAUAUGAUAUGACAUUGUUGACGUCGAACCGCGUUAAGCUCCUGAAGGACCUGCUGCUAUGAUUUUCUCAGUCACUUUCAGGCACGAGCCAGAUUACUGUUGUUUUUCUUCCUUUUGUUACUCAAAUGUCUCUUUGUGUAAGACUUUGACGUAAAAAUGCACAUCAUAUAUUUGCUGAUGAUUGCGCUGUACUGUAAAUAUUUUUUUUUUUCAAGUGAAGAAUUAAUACCAUAAUAAAGAUGCAUUUUAUUUUUAGAAUGUCUUUUUUUUUUUCUUC